CCCUUCAGGUAGUAACGGAGGAGAGAAGACAAACGGGACGCCGCCGCGCUCGAAGCUCCCUCUAUCUGUCUCUCUCUUAUCGCCAGCGUUUGUCAUUUUCACAUCAUUAUCCAGCCCCCGGUGCUCAUUUUCAACUGGAAUAGCAACAGUUUGUGGGAUAUUGUCGCGACGGCAGGGAAAACCUCGGAGAAGAAGCCGCCAGCAUGAGUGUCGAGGCGUACGGGCCGAGCUCGCAGACUCUAACGUUCCUGGACACCGAGGAAGCCGAGCUGUUGGGAGCGGACACCCAGGGCUCCGAGUACGACUUCACCGAUUUUACCCUGCCGAGCCAGACCCAGACCCAAGGCCAAACCCAGAGUCAGCUGGACAGCCAGGUUAAUGGCCCUGACGGUGUGCUGCAGAAUGGAGAUGAUCCUGUGGUAAAAGCCAGUCAGCUGCUGGCAGAGUUGAACUUCGAGGAGGAUGAGGAGGACACAUACUAUACCAAGGACCUCCCUGUGCAUGCCUGCAGUUAUUGUGGGAUUCAUGAUCCAGCCUGCGUUGUCUACUGCAACACCAGCAAGAAGUGGUUUUGCAAUGGCCGUGGAAACACAUCUGGCAGCCACAUUGUGAACCACCUGGUGAGGGCGAAGUCCAAGGAGGUGACCCUACAUAAAGACGGCCCUCUGGGGGAAACGGUUUUGGAGUGCUACAACUGUGGCUGUCGCAAUGUCUUCCUGUUGGGAUUCAUCCCCGCCAAAGCUGACUCGGUUGUGGUGUUACUGUGCAGGCAGCCAUGUGCUAGCCAGAGUAGCCUCAAGGACAUCAACUGGGACAGCUCACAGUGGCAGCCUCUCAUCCAGGACCGCUGCUUCCUCUCCUGGCUGGUCAAAAUCCCCUCGGAGCAGGAGCAGCUCCGGGCUCGUCAGAUCACCGCCCAGCAGAUUAACAAAUUGGAGGAGCUCUGGAAGGAAAAUCCCACUGCAACCCUGGAGGACCUGGAGAAACCCGGAGUAGAUGAGGAGCCUCAACAUGUCCUGCUUCGCUAUGAGGAUGCCUACCAAUACCAGAACAUCUUCGGUCCUCUUGUGAAGCUGGAGGCUGACUAUGAUAAGAAACUCAAAGAGUCGCAGACACAAGACAACAUCACCGUCAGAUGGGACUUGGGCCUGAAUAAGAAGAGGAUUGCUUAUUUCACCCUUCCCAAGACGGAUUCAGAUAUGCGACUGAUGCAAGGAGAUGAAAUCUGCUUGAGAUACAAAGGAGACCUGGCACCUCCAUGGAAAGGCAUUGGACAUGUCAUCAAAGUCCCUGACAACUAUGGUGAUGAGAUUGCCAUAGAGCUAAGGAGCAGUGCCGGGGCUCCAGUGGAGAUCCCUCACAAUUUUCAGGUUGACUUUGUGUGGAAGUCCACUUCCUUUGACAGGAUGCAAAGUGCCCUGAAGACAUUUGCUGUGGAUGAGACUUCAGUGUCAGGAUACAUCUACCACAAACUGCUGGGACAUGAGGUUGAAGAUGUAGUAAUUAAGUGCCAGCUGCCCAAGCGCUUCACUGCUCAGGGCCUGCCUGACCUCAACCACUCCCAGGUGUAUGCUGUGAAGACUGUGCUGCAACGGCCCCUCAGUCUGAUCCAGGGUCCUCCUGGCACAGGGAAGACGGUCACCUCUGCCACCAUCGUGUACCAUCUGGCCAGACAGGGCAACGGGCCAGUGCUGGUUUGUGCUCCCAGUAACAUUGCCGUUGACCAGUUGACGGAGAAGAUCCACCAGACUGGGCUCAAGGUGGUAAGACUGUGUGCUAAGAGCAGAGAGGCCAUAGACUCACCGGUGUCCUUCCUGGCUCUGCACAACCAAACCCGUAACAUGGACAGCAUGCCAGAGCUUCAAAAGCUCCAACAGCUGAAGGAUGAAACUGGAGAGCUGUCCUCCUCAGAUGAGAAGCGCUACAGAGCUCUGAGACGCACCGCUGAGAGGGAGCUGCUUAUGAAUGCUGAUGUGAUCUGCUGUACCUGCGUUGGUGCUGGAGAUCCUCGUCUGGCCAAGAUGCAGUUCAGGUCCAUCCUGAUUGAUGAGAGCACUCAGGCCACAGAACCAGAGUGCAUGGUGCCUGUCGUCCUGGGGGCCAAGCAGUUGAUUCUGGUGGGUGAUCACUGCCAGCUGGGACCUGUGGUCAUGUGUAAGAAGGCAGCUAAAGCAGGACUGUCCCAGUCUCUGUUUGAGCGUCUCGUAGUUUUGGGGAUCCGUCCAAUCCGUCUACAGGUCCAGUACCGCAUGCACCCGGCCCUCAGCGCCUUCCCCUCCAACAUCUUCUAUGAGGGCUCUCUGCAGAACGGAGUCACUGCUGCGGACCGUGUGAAAAAAGGCUUUGACUUCCAGUGGCCUCAGCCCGACAAGCCAAUGUUCUUUUAUGUCACCCAAGGCCAAGAGGAAAUUGCGAGCUCUGGAACAUCAUAUCUCAACAGGACUGAGGCAGCCAAUGUGGAGAAAAUAACCACAAGACUGCUGAAGGCUGGAGCUAAACCCGACCAGAUUGGCAUCAUCACCCCCUAUGAAGGACAGAGGUCCUACCUGGUCCAGUACAUGCAGUUCAGUGGCUCCCUCCACACCAAGCUCUACCAGGAGGUGGAAAUAGCCAGUGUUGAUGCCUUCCAAGGCAGAGAGAAAGACUUCAUCAUCCUGUCCUGUGUGAGGGCCAAUGAGCAUCAGGGCAUCGGCUUCCUCAACGAUCCCAGACGUCUGAACGUGGCGCUCACCAGAGCCAGAUAUGGUGUAAUCAUUGUGGGAAAUCCCAAAGCCCUGUCCAAACAGCCUCUGUGGAACCACCUCCUGAAUUACUACAAGGAGCAGAAGGUUCUGGUCGAAGGGCCUCUAAACAACCUGAGGGAGAGUCUUAUGCAAUUCAGCAAACCCCGCAAGCUGGUCAACACCAUCAACCCUGGCGGUCGAUUCAUGAGCACAGCCAUGUAUGAUGCCAGAGAGGCUCUGAUUCCUGGAUCUGUUUAUGAUCGCAGCAGCAACGGGCGUACGUCCAACAUGUACUUCCAGACUCAUGACCAGAUUGGAAUGAUCGGCACAGGCCCCAGUCCCAUGUCCUCCAUGAACAUCCCCAUCCCCUUCAACCUUGUGAUGCCCCCUAUACCUCCACCUGGGUACCUGGGGCAGGUGAACGGUCCCACUGCAGGUCGUGGUGGAGGUAUGAAGGGCAAGUCGGGCAGCGGAGGAGGCGGCGGGACUCGAGGUGGCCGUCAAAGAAACCGUGGCACCAUGGGAAACCACAGUGGUGGAGGAGACCGCGGCCAGCAUGGAGGACACAUGUCUGGCAGCCAGGCGAGCCAAGACCAGGGCUCCCAGCCAUUCUCCCAGGGGCCUCUGACGCAGGGCUACAUCAGCAUGAGCCAACCAUCACAAAUGAGCCAGCCUGGGCUCUCCCAGCCUGAACUCUCCCAGGACAGUUACCUAGGAGACGAGUUCAAGUCCCAGAUCGAUGUGGCUCUGUCCCAGGACUCCACCUACCAGGGGGAGCGGGCCUACCAACAUGGUGGUGUGACUGGACUGUCCCAGUACUAGACUGUUGCUGGAAAGGAGCUAGGCCUGUGAGAAGCUUAGUUCAUUGGUAUUUUAAUCUGGGUAAUAACAAAAAAGAACAAACAUGGAUACCCGUUUUCCACUGCUACAACCGAGGCACCACUGUGUGAAAGUAACAGGAGAGAGACCGUGAGAAACCAACCAAUCACAAGAGUGAGAGCAAAAAUGGGAGUAGAGCUGGACAGGGAGAGAGCAAGACGGAGAGAGUGGGAGGCUGGUGGAGGAGAGGAGGCACUGGCGCUCACCCGCGAAGACGUGGCGAAGGAGAACGCUGUCGUCCUCGCAGCAGCGCAGGUGGAGAGGCGAGACCUUGGACAGGUCGAGGAGGGUGAAAGAUCUGAACGAUUCUGGAGGGAGGGGAAAGGGGGCGACUGUGUCAUCUUGUUCCUCGCGUGUCCCUCGAAACCCCUCGCAGAUCUCCAGGCAGUGUGGUUGGGAAUCUUGCUCCAAAAGCUGAAAAAGAUGGAGAAGAGGUGUCUCACAGCGAAAAGUCCUCCAAGCUAACUCAACAGGGACGUCUUCUGUGACUUGGAGUGAGGUGGAAAAUAAAACGGAGACACAACUCUUGAAGCAGUUGACAUGGCAACUUUUUUAAAUUCAAAGCUUGAAUCGAGUCUCUGCAUUUGAUCACAUUUAAGCAUCCACGAGAAAUGUUUGGCAUUUCAAGUGAACUCAAAAAGUGCUUGUGGGCGCUGUGCCUCAAAGAGUUUCAAUGAAAUUUGAGGAUGACACAGUCACGGGUCAUUUGCUUUUCUUUCUCAGCUUUGAUUUUGGAAAGUUUUCUAAAUAAAGGCUGUUUUCAUUGAGGUUUUCGGUGAUGUAAGCUAGUGUAGUCGGCCGUCUUUCAUGGCAGGUCUUUCUCUAGGUGGUCUGCAAAGAACAAGUGGUGGAAUUAGCUCUUUAAAAAAUAUAAAGGAAAAACAUCUUUGUCUCCACAUCUGAGCUCCAGAGAUGUGCAGAUAGUGAGACAAUUUUGUUUUUUUGUUCUUCUAUGUGUCUUUUUAGUCGUGCAAAAGGAUGAGUGAAAGCACCAUAACCAGCUUGUGACUGAAUGAAGCCGUCGUUCUUUUCUGCUGACCCUGAAGCCACUAAAGCUCACAGAUACGAAUCAUCUUGAGCGCAUACAUUUAGCUAAAUGCAUCUAAUCAGCCAAAACCAGAGGGCAGGACUUCACUAAGACCCUUGCCUUGAAGUCAUAUGUCAAGAAAACAUGCAGACAGGUUAUAGAUGUGCAUUUUAAGCACCUGAUGUCACAGUAAAGUGAGAUGAGAUUGAGUUUUCGUGUCUGUCGUCGAGUUGUCUUCAUGACUACUCACUCAUGAGAACUUUUAAGGCCCCAACACUUUGAAGAGAAACUUUAGCAGUUUCACCUUGUUGGACUUUGGUGAAAAGCAUUUGAAAUGGAAACAAAAAUAGAAUUUAUGUAUUGAUUGUGAAAUCUGGCAUAGUUAUCCUAAAAUUAGGUACAAAUGAUAACCCUAGUGUAACAAUUCUGUAGGUAGCACCUGAAUCCAGAGAACGCCUCUUCUUUUUUCCUUUAGUUUGUGUUCUCUGUUGUCCUAAAGUCUUGAUAGAAACUGUCAAAACUGUGCAAUCAUGUUGAUGACAGCAGUUAGUUUGUUCCAACAUUGGUGGACUUUGUGUUUCAGUACUCAGUGUUGUAAGUUUCAUGCAUUUCACACUAGUGAGCUUGCAUUAAUAUAUCUCACCAACCCGUGGUUUGCUUGUGAUCCUGAAAUACUUCUUAAAGCUAUUUUAAAUAAGUUCUAAAUGUUUGUUUGAGCACCGGCUGGAAAGUGCUCAGACCUCCAUAGAGAGAAAAAGCACCCACAAAGACGAGACAUAUUCGCUUAUUUGUGUGUUUAUAACCUUACAUUAUUACAAAGUAGAUUCACAUGAUGUGAAAUUGAUAUUAAUACCAUUUUCUGUGUGAGUUUUUUGCUGUCUAAAUUUGUGUUGCAUCCCACCUGCACCAUGAUCACAAAGUCUAACUGUUAAAGUUAUUACACAUUAUCCUCUUAGUAAAAUAUUACUACUAAAUAGGCAACCCUUCCCUUCCCUACACAUCUAGGUGUUGCAUGUCUUAUGACUUUAAGGGUAACCGUUUCAGUUGGGUGUUUUCCUCUUCUGUAUUUUUGCUCUGAUAAUCUCAUUUGGCUUUAUUGCUGUUUAAAAAUGAAUAUGUCUGUGACGGCCACUUGGCUGGAACCAUCUAGUUUUUAUUAUUUUCCGCCCACUAACUGAUGUUGGUAGUUAGAAACUGUGCUCAUACUCACGCAUACAACAAAAAUCUGCUGUUAAUAAUCUUGGAAAAUUAAAGUUUGCUUCUUUUUGCGCCUCCA